AUGCGCCAAGGACAAAACGAGUCAGUUCAAGAAUACUUGGGGAAAUUCAGAGAAGCAAGGGCUAAAUGUACGGUCAACAUGCCUGAACAUGAGUUUGCAAAGUUAGCUCAAGGUGGGUUGUUGCUCGAUCUCCGGAAGAAGUUCGAGGGUAUUGAAUUUCGCAAUAUUUAUGACCUUCUACUUCGGGUGGAUCGAUAUGAAGCUCUUUUAAAGGAGGAACAACAAAAGAAUCGGCCGACAUCUCGGCCAACUUUUUAUAGAGAUCUACCAAAACCUUCCACAUCUAGAACCAUGGCUGUCCACGCGGUGGAUGUCGAAAAUAUGGACUCGAAUGAGGCAGACGAUGAAGUUUUCCUAGAAGAGGAAGAAGAAUCGACCGGGGUAAACUUGGCUGAAAUCGUGGUCAGCGAACCACGCGUAUGCAAGGCUUUGUCCAAAGCCUCCAAGGAUCAGAGGCCGACAACGGUCCAGAUUUCUAAGUUUAGCGGAACUUCUCAAAAGGGAGUCGGAACCAAGUCCUAUACCUUUGACAUUUCGAAAGCCGAACUAAUCUUUGACCAACUUUUAAAAGAAAAGAUGAUAAAAUUGCCAAAUGGUCAUGAUAUUCCAUCGGCUAAUGAACUUAGAAACAAGACUUUUUGCAAAUGGCAUAAUGUAUGGUCUCACGCGACUAACAAUUGCCUUGUUUUUCGGAAUGUCGUGCAGGAUCUCAUUGAUCGAAAGAUCUUGAAAUUUCCAGAGAAAGCUACAAUGGAAAAUCUCAAUUGCCUCCCUGCUCUUUCUUCUUUAACUGAUUUGGACCUAAGCGGAAACUUCAAUGGGAGCCAAAUUCCAGAUUUCAUUGGUUCUCUAACCAAUCUAAGAAACCUCAGUCUUAGUUCCUGUAAUUUCAUUGGUCCAAUUCCAAGUUCAUUUGAAAACCUCACGCAAUUGCAAAAUCUCGACCUCAGCUAUAAUCAGCUUCAACCAGAAAAUCUCAAUUGCCUCCCUGCUCUUUCUUCUUUAACGGAUUUGUACCUAAGCGGAAACUUCAAUGGGAGCCAAAUUCCAGAUUUCAUUGGUUCUCUAACCAAUCUAAGAAACCUCGGUCUCUAUGAUUGUAAUUUGGUUGGUCCAAUUCCAAGUUCGUUUGGAAACCUCACGCAAUUGCAAAAUCUCGACCUCAGCUAUAAUCAACUUCAACCAGAAAAUCUCAAUUGCCUCCCUGCUCUUUCUUCUUUAACGGAUUUGGACCUAAGCGAAAGCUUCGAUGGGGGCCAAAUUCCCGAUUUCAUUGGUUCUGUAACCAAUCUAAGGUACCUCAGUCUCUAUUACUGUAAUUUGGUCGGUCAAAUUCCUAGUUCGUUUGGAAACCUCACACAAUUGCAACAUCUUGACCUCAGCGAUAAUCAGCUUCAACCAGAAAAUCUCAAUUGGCUCCCUUCUCUUUCUUCUUUAACGGAUUUGGACCUAAGCGGAAACAAUCUUAGUACUGUUUUUGAUUGGCCAGAAGCAGUACUUAAUAAGCUCCCUAAACUAGUAGACUUGACCUUGGUGAACUGUAGUCUUCCUCCUCCUCCUACUCCAAUUCUUUCCACUACUCUUUACAAAACAAAUUCUUCUACAUCUCUUGCGUAUGUUUCUGUCUCACACAACCAUCUCACUUCUUCAAUAUUUCUUUGGUUGUCCAACUACAGUACAAGCCUUGUUCGUCUUUACCUCUCCAAUAAUAAUCUAUCUGGUUUCAUUCCCGAUUUCAUUGGAAACAUGAGCUCUCUUGUGUAUCUGGAUCUCUCCAACAAUUAUCUAACUGGUUUCAUUGCUGAUUUCACUGGAAACAUGAGCUCUCUUGCGCAUCUGGAUCUCUCCAACAAUUAUCUAACUGGUUUCAUUGACGAUUUCACUGGAAACAUGAGCUCUCUUGCGGAUCUGGAUCUCUCCAACAAUAGUCUAACUGGUUUCAUUCCCAAUUUCAUUGGGAACAUGAGCUCUCUUGAGUAUCUGGGUCUCUCUGAUAACCAGAUUGAAGGAGCGAAUCCAAAUUCGUUUGCACGGCUGUGUAAUUUGCAAACAUUGUCACUUCAAAGAAAUCAUCUGAGUGGACAAUUAUCCAAGUUUGUUCAACUAUUGCCUAGGUGUGCUCAAAACUCAUUAGGGGAUCUGGACCUCUCUGAGAAUGUUCUUGCGGGGUCAUUAAACAAUCUUACAAGCUUCUUAUCUUUGGGAUUCUUGAAUCUUAAAGCCAAUCAAUUAAGCGGAAAAAUACCUGAAAAACAUCAAUUUCAGCAUGAACUUGUUGGAAGGGGUGGUUUCAGAAACUCAUUUCUCAAAACUCUCCAAAUUACGUUAUUUGGAUUUAUCCUCUAA